CGCGCACAAGUCGGCGGCGAGUUGCAGGCGGUCGGCGCGGAGCGCUGGCUGUAACUUGACACCCGAGCGAGAGGCCGAGCGGAGAGAGGGAGCGAGAGCGGCGGACGAGAGGAGCCCCAGGGAGCGGGAUGGUGACCACCUCCUUCUCCUCCCCUUAGUGGCGCUCCGCAGCAGCAGCAAGCCGCCGCCGCAGCGCCGAGGACUCUCUCGCCUGCCGCGGGCCGCCGGCGAUGGGGACGGGACGGGUCCCCUGAGCUCCCGGGAACUUUCCCCGCCGCGGGCAGCCGAAGCCGAGCAGGCGGAUGGAGGAUGCGCUUUCCCCGGCGGGCUGCGUGACCCGGCGACGGCGAAGGGGAGGAUGAAGAAGAAGCAGCAGCACGGCGGCGGGGACUCCCCGGCGCCCCGGCCCCCCGUGGCGGCGGCGGCGGCGGGAGGGGGCCCGGGCCAAGGCGGGGGCUGGAAGAAGCGGCGGCCCCUCUCGCUGCUGCCCUUCCUCUCGCUGCGCGACUACGGCUUCUGUAUGGCCGCCCUGCUGCUGUUCUGCGUGGGCUCCCUCUUCUACCAGCUCAACGGGGGGCCACCGCACUUUUUGCUGGACCUGCGGCACUAUCUGGGAAAUUCCACUUACUUGGAUGACCAUGGGCCACCCCCUCAAAAGGUACUUCCUUUCCCCAGCCAGGUGGUCUACAAUAGAGUUGGAAAGUGUGGGAGUCGAACUGUGGUUUUGCUUUUGAGAAUUUUAUCAGAGAAACAUGGAUUCAACCUGGUUACAUCUGACAUCCAUAACAAAACAAGACUGACCAAAAAUGAACAGAUGGAAUUGAUUAAAAACAUAAGCACUGCUGAGCAGCCCUAUUUAUUCACUAGACAUGUUCAUUUCCUCAACUUCUCAAGGUUUGGAGGAGAUCAGCCAGUGUACAUCAAUAUUAUUAGAGAUCCUGUCAAUCGAUUUCUAUCUAAUUAUUUUUUUCGACGUUUCGGAGACUGGAGAGGAGAACAGAAUCACAUGAUCCGUACCCCCAGCAUGAGGCAGGAGGAAAGAUAUCUGGACAUUAAUGUAUGUAUCCUUGAAAACUACCCUGAAUGUUCCAAUCCCAGGUUGUUUUACAUCAUACCAUAUUUCUGUGGACAGCAUCCAAGAUGCAGGGAGCCUGGUGAAUGGGCCCUUGAAAGAGCGAAGCUGAACGUUAAUGAAAAUUUUCUGCUUGUGGGCAUUCUGGAGGAGUUGGAGGAUGUGCUGCUUUUAUUAGAAAGAUUCUUACCUCAUUAUUUCAAGGAUGUGCUUAGCAUCUACAAAAAUCCAGAACAUAGGAAACUUGGCAACCUGACUGUGACAGUGAAAAAGACCGUCCCAUCUCCAGAAGCAAUACAGAUCCUCUACCAACGCAUGAGAUACGAAUACGAGUUUUAUUACUAUGUCAAAGAACAGUUCCACCUGCUAAAGCGCAAGUUUGGACUCAAGUCUCAUAUCAGGAAACCGCGUCCCAGACCCGAGUUCUUCAUUCCUUCUCCACUGGAAACAGAGGAACCAAUGGACGAUGAGGAAGAAGAUGAUGAAAAGUGGCUAGAGGAUAUCUAUAAAAGGUGAUGGAUGGAAGAGCUCUCCUUUCUCUUCCGGUGGCCCCUCCAGCUUUCUUAAGAUUUUUUUAAUUAUUGUUAAAAGUAAUUCCUUAAGGAACUGAGUUAAUGUGCAGCACUUUUGAAAUGGAAGAGACCAUCCCCACAUGCCGGGGUUGUCGGGAAACACCUGGUUUUGCAGGUUCGUUGUGCGAUGUUGGCUCUAAAGCAUUCUUGGCUAUAGCAUAGUUUAAGAGAGAAGUAUCUACUGUCACAAAGUAACUUUUGGAGUACACAGUAGUCCUCUGGGAACCUGCAAAACAUAACAUAAUAGAUUAGAAGGUCUUGAAAAGUUUGUUUUACAGACUCUCUUGUCUCUCCUUCUCCAGAAACAAGUCAUCAUUGUGUAACACUGCAGCAUUAACUACCGGCAAUGGGAACCAAGGGCAAUGUGAGCCAUUUGGGAAGAGUGCCUCUUUCUGCCCAGAGCACACUGGUAUCCCAGCAGUGCAGUCAGAGCCAUUGCCGUGUCUGUGCGCUUCCAAGGAUAACAGGUUCAGAAAGGAGCAAGAUAGUGGCUUCUGAAGUACCUUGUGCCAGAUGAGCAAGGAUGCUGUUUUGGCAAAUUAACAUUAGUGUCCAUAAAGCAAGUUACAGGAAGCAGAUGUUUUCGGUAAACCCUUCUAGAGUGGAAAGAGUUACAAGGUCAGUGAACGGCAACAAUGGAUGAAAAGUCUAAGGCGGGGUUACCUGAACAGUAGAGUUUUGUUUCCGCAGUGGAGUACACUGCUAUUCGACUCUGAGGAAAAGGUGCAGCAUAUAGGUUUUAUGUUCAGAAAGGAUAUUGGUAGAAUUUUUUUAUUCUUCUUAAGGGUCACAAAUCCAAAGAGAUACAGAAAAAGUCCUUCGUUAAACAACCUGAGAUGCUCUGGAACUCCUGUUAAGCAUGACCUGUAUUUCUGCGAUCACAUAAUUUAGUUGUUCACAUCUGAAGCUGGUCGCAGCAGACCCCACUGGCACAAAAAGCAGGCACCUGAUUUUAGGAUGGCUAGAAGUAAAAUUAACAGUAUGGCCACAUGCAACUUCUCUAGUUGAAAUAUUGCAGAAUGGUGAAACAAAGGAAGGUAUGUCUUGUGAAGCCAAAGAAAUGCAAUGAUACGUUGUUAAGAGAGUGACUGAAGGUUGCCCUUGUUAAUCACUACAAGUAGUAUCAGCAAACACUUGAAAAGGGCUGGGUUGAAGCUGGGAGGGGAAAGCGAAGGAGCUCCAACAUGUGAGACACUUGUCUCUAAGAUGGGAGUCUCCAGGGCUCCCCGUGACAUGCGAGCUGUGAGCUGCUUGAGAGCCUGCCAGGACUGGUGGUGCAGAAGUGACAGAGCUGCAGGCAGCAGUAGGCACAGCUAUUUUGCCAUCUGCUCCGUAACAACGUAGGAACGUUUAGGGGUCUUGAUAACGCCUUGAGCUCUUGUGCACCAUUGUUAUCAGAGGAAGCUGGACUUGUGGAGGAUAAUAGCAAUAAAUUCUUGUCCUAGAGCACAAGAAAGAAGCAGGGCUGAGGAGCUGAAGUUCCUUGCCAGGAUGAGUCCCAGUAACACUUCAGGAGCAAUGUACCUCUCUCUAACUCACAUCCCUUCCCAGGCAAUUUUUGCUUCCCAUUCUGUGGGCACCUCAGCACCGUGUCUGCUGUCUGCCGGUCAUACUUCUGGUUUGUGGUAACAGACAAAAGUUAUUUUGUGAUGGACGAGGGAUAUAAAUUCAGGCAAAACUCCAAUGUGCUUUCCAAGGGUGUCCUCUUUCAUGAGCCUGCUGAGAGCCAUUAUAUGGGCUACGCUAUGGCCCAUCUUCAUCACCAGUCAACCUUUACUGUACCUACACGCGGAGAACAAAACUAAAGAAGUGUAAUUGUGUUAAGACAAAAUGCUGACUUACAGAAAAUGUUAUGUAGAAGAUUCUGUUCUCAUUAUUAAUAUCCCAGGUUGGUGGUAGCAAUGCACUACCAUGGCAGAACACAUUAAAGGAAGCUGAAAAUGGCACAGAUAACAACUAACGUAUUAGCUAAAAUAUGAACCUGCUGCAUUGUAUAUUUUAAGUGGUUUCUAUGAAAUUACAUUGAAAGAGUAAUGAUUAGUUUACACACUGUGGAGCUGUUAUAUUUUGGAAAGAGAACUAAUACUCUCACCUUUCUGAAAUUCUGUUUAAAUCCUUUUUGCCAACGUUGUAACAGAGUAAUCAGUCACUUAACACGUUCACCCUUCCUGCAAGUUCACUGCUGCUUACCGUAAAGUCUAUUUUUAUCUGUUUAUUUUGUGGUAUCUUCAGCCAUCACUACUUAUAACCUGAAUACAAAACCUGUUUAAUGAUUUACUCACUACGUUUUAACGCUGUAUUUUUCAUAGCGAUCAACCUGGCCUCUCCUCCUUGAAUGGUACUUCAUAAAUUUAUCUGGCACAUAGCAGCUAAGAUUCCUGGUCCUACAGCCUGUUUGUCUGUCAUGAAAUACAUUUUACUGAAUUGUUACAAGGUACGUUUUAAGCUGGUUAACCUUUGACUUAUUUAUUGAAACGUUUCAGCACAUUCCAAAUUCUAAGUUGCUCAGGAAGACGUUGAUUUAAAUGAUUAUAUUUUGGUCUGAUUAAUAUUUCUUAUUCCAAAAAGGAAUCAAUGUUUGUAAGCCUUUAGCCCACGACAGCUUUGUAGGAAGUGCCGUGCAUGUACUUGUAAGUCUUUGUGGGGGAAAAAAGAUGGGUGCUUGACAUUUAUGAAGAUAAAAAAGCAUAUGUGUACAUUAGCUUAGCUAUAAAUGAAAGCAACGUAUGUUUUGGGAUGAAAUAUUCUUUAACUUAUUCACUUCCAUCUCCUGAAAUAUAAAUAAGCCAUAUGACUCUCUAUUUUUCAGUCCAAUGAUGUUUAAAAAUAAAACUUGUGCAUUUCUUCCUA